AAUCACAGACAUAACACUAACCAAAUCUGACGAAUAUCGACUGAUAUGAAACAUCAUUUCCGAGUCUGAUCUGUUCUGACAGGAAGAAGGGCUUAAGGUUUAAUUUUUUUUUAAAUCCAAAGUGCGAACAUGUUGUCCAGGGCCAUCUUAUCAGGCCAAAACUCUAGAGCGCUCCUUGCGUUUUCAUCAAGAGCUACAUCAACCUCAGUUACUAAUAGUACAUUAGCGAAGGUAGAUGAAAACAAACCAGCUGAAAAUAUUAGACUGGUAAGACAGGAACCAGGUAAAGUUCGUUGCGGGUUCAUUCCUGACGAAUGGUUUCAAUUUUUCUACAAAAAAACUGGUGUUACUGGACCCUAUACAUUUGUCUUUACUCUGUCAACUUACCUUGUAAGCAAAGAAAUUUAUGUUAUGGAUCAUGAUUUUUAUAAUGGAUUAGGAUUGUUGGUUAUGUGGAUCUAUGGCAUCAAAAAGUUUGGACCCAAGGUUGCUGAAUACUUAGAUAAAGAAGUUGAUUCAUAUGAAAAGAAUUGGAACCAAAGCCGCAUAGAUGAGAAGGAUGCUCUGCAAGGUGGAAUUGAUAACGAACAAAAGGCACAGUGGAGCAUGGAAGGUCAGAACCUUCUCAUAGAAGCCAAGAGAGAGAAUGUUGGUCUUCAAUUGGAAGCUACUUACAGACAAAGAUUAAUUGAUGCUUACAGCGAAGUUAAGAAACGUCUGGAUUACCAAGUUGAAAAAAAUAAUUCUGAGAAAAGAAUAAGCCAAAAGAAUCUUGUUGAAUAUGUUGUUGCUCGAGUGAAAGCCUCCAUCACUGCAGAUCAAGAAAAACAAAACCUGAAUAAGUGUAUUUCAGAUUUAGCUGCAUUAGCCAAAGCCUAAAAUAUAUUUCUUUGCAAUUCUAGAUGUAACAUCUUGUAUGUAAAUUAAAUUUCAAAUCAUCAAUAAUACAGAUAUGAAUAUUGCAUGUGCAUUAAAUUCAUUAAAUUCUUUUUGUUUAAUA